UUCCCCAAGACGGAAAGGGGGGGCUCGUCCGUUUGGCCACUUAGGCUCAACUUCUGGGAACAUCUGCUUCGUCGGACUAUUAGCUUUUUCAGUAGAGCCAUGGCGGAGAUGACGACCGGCGGCGAUAUUCCUCCGAACAUGACUAUAUACAUCAACAACAUCAAUGAGAAGAUCAAGCUCGACGAGUUGAAGAAAUCGCUGCACGCUGUGUUUUCGCAAUUCGGGAAGAUACUGGAGGUUUUAGCAUUCAAGACGCUGAAACACAAAGGUCAGGCUUGGGUUGUGUUCGAGGACGCUUCUUCCGCCAGCAGUGCUCUUCGCCAGAUGCAAGGCUUCCCCUUCUAUGACAAGCCCAUGCGGAUACAAUAUGCAAAGACAAAAUCAGACAUAAUAGCAAAGGCUGAUGGAACUUUUGUUCCAAGAGAAAGAAAGAAGAGGCAUGAGGACAAAGGGAGGAGGCGGAAGGAGCAACAUGAUGCUAGUCAAGCUGGAAUGGGUGUGAAUCCUGCUUAUACUGGUGCCUAUGGUGCCGCUCCUCCUUUAUCACAAAUACCAUAUGCGGGCGGUGCAAAAGCUGCAGUUCCUGAAGCUCCUGCUCCACCAAACAACAUAUUGUUUGUUCAGAAUCUUCCUCAUCAAACCACUCAAAUGAUGCUGCAAAUGCUCUUUUGCCAGUACCAGGGCUUCAAGGAAGUUAGGAUGGUGGAAGCAAAGCCUGGUAUUGCUUUCGUAGAAUAUGACAACGAGAUGCAAUCCACCAUGGCAAUGCAGGGACUCCAAGGUUUCAAGAUAUCUCCAGAGAACCCGAUGCUGAUUACCUACGCAAAGAAAUAGAUAGGCCAUCUUUCACUUAAGCCUUUCGUUUUUCUCGGUGAAGGAUGCAGUUAAUGGCAAAUAGCAACUACUGAUAUUACAAGUCCCCAGCGACCUUUUCUUUCUUUCUUUCUUUCUUUAUUCCCAUAUUUUCUUGGACCUUAGUAUGUGUAUCAUUUGUAGCGCGAUUGGCUUGUAUACUUUUUUUGAAGUUGAGCUUCUGUUAAACACACAUAUUUGUUA